AUGUUCGCAUGCGAAGACCCACUUUCGUCCUCCCUCGCUCCUUCUUGUCGCACACUCAACCGCACGUCGCCAACAGCGUCUCCUUCCUUUGCUGUCCUGAAGGAGCACGUGGGUGACGAGCACCGACAAACCGACGAAAUUAUUGCAAAAUCCCGUCAUUUACAUCUCAAGGGUUUAAACCUUAUCAACCCGCUUCGACGGCCAACAAUUGACCUGCAUCGUAGCGGCAACGUGCACCCUCCGCCUCGCCUCCGCCAUUUCGCAAGGGUGAACCCCGCCGUCUCCCGUCUGCACACAGCCAAGGACGCGACGAUCAUGCAUUUCGAUGCCAACGCUUUAUGA